AUGCCCCGAAUUCUCAGCUUUGCCGCAUUUCUCCUCUCCCUUCAGCACAUCACCAUUCUUGGUCCAGCUAUCCUGCUCCUCUUUCCUAGGCAGCCGCUUGGAUUGGUGCUCAUUCUCUCGCGUCCGAGUGUGAGGGUGACAGGGGCUAGAGGAGGAGCCUUGACUUGUGCUGAGUGGGAGGAGAGGACGGGAGGUGCGUGGAGGGUCAAAGAGGAGGUGCCAUGGUCACACCGCACCCUCACAGACGAGGUGCCAUGUUCACACCGCACCCUCACAGACGAGGUGCCAUGGUCACACCGCACCCUCACAGACGAGGUGCCAUGGUCACACCGCACCCUCACAGACGAGGUGCCAUGGUCACACCGCACCCUCACAGACGAGGUGCCAUGGUCACACCGCACCCUCACAGACGAGGUGCCAUGGUCACACCGCACCCUCACAGACGAGGUGCCAUGGUCACACCGCACCCUCACAGACGAGGUGCCAUGGUCACACCGCACCCUCACAGACGAGGUGCCAUGGUCACACCGCACCCUCACAGACGAGGUGCCAUGGUCACACCGCACCCUCACAGACGAGGUGCCAUGGUCACACCGCACCCUCACAGACGAGGUGCCAUGGUCACACCGCACCCUCACAGACGAGGUGCCAUGGUCACACCGCACCCUCACAGACGAGGUGCCAUGGUCACACCGCACCCUCACAGACGAGGUGCCAUGGUCACACCGCACCCUCACAGACGAGGUGCCAUGGUCACACCGCACCCUCACAAACGAGGUGCCAUGGUCACACCGCACCCUCACAGACGAGGUGCCAUGGUCACACCGCACCCUCACAGACGAGGUGCCAUGGUCACACCGCACCCUCACAGACGAGGUGCCAUGGUCACACCGCACCCUCACAGACGAGGUGCCAUGGUCACACCGCACCCUCACAGACGAGGUGCCAUGGUCACACCGCACCCUCACAGACGAGGUGCCAUGGUCACACCGCACCCUCACAGACGAGGUGCCAUGGUCUGUUAGAAUCUUAGAAUAG